AUGGGCAAGAAGAAGCGCGGCCACCCCGACAUCGAGGAGCUCCUCGAGCGACCAUGGUGCUACUACUGCGAGCGAGACUUUGAAGACCUCAAGCUCCUCAUUUCCCACCAGAAGGCGAAGCACUUCAAGUGCGACCGAUGCCAUCGACGGCUGAACACGGCGGGCGGCCUGGCUGUGCACCUGAACCAGGUGCACAAGGAGAAUCUGGUGCAAGUCGAGAAUGCGCUCACUCACAGACAGGGACUCGACGUGGAGAUCUUCGGCAUGGAAGGCAUCCCCGCGGAUAUUCUUGAGCAGCACCGCAACCACAUCAUUCAGACGUUCUACCGGGCCCAGGAGAACCGGCGCAUUGCUACCGGUAACCCGGUACCGGGCGGACAGGGCAGUCAGCCGCCGCGCAAGAAGAUCAAAUACGAGAGCAAGGAGGAGCUGGUGGCUCGCUUGGCUGAAUGGCGGACGAAGCGCCGCGCGGACAAGGAGGCGAUCGCCAAGGGAGAGCCGGUCGCCGAGCAAUACAACGGACAGUACCAGCCCCAACAGCAGCAGCAGCAACAGCAAGGCUAUGAAGCGGGCCCCUACGGAUAUCCAGCGGGCGGCAACCUGCCUGCGCGACCUCCCGGCAGCGGUGUGCCGCCGCCAGCCGGGCUGCCGCCCCGACCCGAGGGCCAGGCCUGGAACUCGACCGCAGCACCCAGCGACGACAUCGACAAGAUGAUCCGAAUGGCAGAGGCGGGCAUCAAGCCACCAGGCAAAGCGGACGAGGGUGUCGGCGGCGACGAGGGCGACAAGAAGGCCGGAAAGAAGGAGAAGAAGGGACGGCUGUUCUAUGACGACCCCGACACCAGCCCAGAGGAGAAGAUGGCACGGAUGCCGCGUGCGCAAUCGUGA